AUGCCGUAUGACACUGAGGUGCAGGACCUUUUGGCACCUGCCCUCGCUAUGGGUCUGGGCCCCAUGGGUGGCAGCGUCUAUGUGAGCCCGAGGUCAUCGAGCACCGACACCUCUGCGUUGUUCGUCUGUGCACGUGCAGACGUGGGGGCCAUGCUUGCGCCUGUCACGGUGACGACCGUUGAUGCGCUCUUCCACUCGAUAACCAAAGUCUCGGGGCAACUGGACGUGAAUCAUGGCUGCUACAUGGCGAACAAUGAGGACAGCUUACCUCAGUGUGUGGCGGCACUGACGUCCACUGCGGCAGACUGCGGCGGUGUCGCAGAGGAUGCCGUGGAGCCACACUUGCGCGAUGCUGCAUCGACAGCUGACCGUGACCCUACCUCCUCGUCCGCUUCGCCCGGUGUUAUGCCGUCCAGUGCCGCGAUGCUCGCUGCCUAUGUUCGUGAUUGGGGACAGCAGCGACUCAAGUUGGAGCGCUCCCUGCGGCGCACCCGCGAGGCGACGGCCGCUUUUGCCCGCGUGCACGCACUUGUAUACAGCGCUGCGACAGUGCCAUCCAGUAAGGAGGAGGCACGGCUGCUGCGCGCUCGAGCAACGGCGCGGGUGGCAGAAAUAGCCUCCGCCGCGUACGACCGAGUAAUGGAGAAGUACUACAUCUUCAACACGUGGGUAAGGCCAUCACUCGGGAUCGUGCUGGGAGGCAGCAGCGACGGCAGCAGCAGUGGUGACGGAAGGGGGCCACAUGGUGCCGUUGGCCCCGACGUUGCGGAGUGCCCUGUCGAUACAUACGUGCGUCUGCUGCUGCAGGGCAAUGAGUCCUUAUCUGCGGUGCUGCUGGAACUGAUGAGCACAACACUGACGACAGCAGAUUUGGUGCGCACUAAGGUGUUGCAACCAGCCGUGCGGGGCCUGGAGUGUGUGCAGGUGCUGACAGCGUUGGCUGUGAUGGUGCUGGAGGAUGAGCCCGUGCGCACGGUUGCGGCAAUGCUGGCCACUGGCACCUUGGAAGACACGUCUGUAUGGUCCCUUGACGAGUUCGCAAUGCUGGCGCCCGGUUACAACAACGACCUACGGAAGAUCCAGAUCUGGAGCCUCGCCUACGCGUUCGCCACGGUCGCCGAUCCGGCGGUGGCGCACGAGCUUGUGGGCGGGACCGAUGUUGCCGCAUGCAUGCGCCGCGCAGGACUCGUCGUGCCGGACAGCAUCACUGGCACGGUGCCUCCGUCCAUCUACUGGUGUCUCUACAACACGUCGAUGAGCGAGAUGACGCAGAGUGCUGUGCGUCAGCGCUCCCUUGCCACCCGUGAAAGCGCUGCUGCCGCUCCGAAUGGGCAGUGUCUGUGGGGACUAAGCGUCUGGGAUGGACUGUGUGGCGGCGCGGCAUUCGACCCCGCUCGAUGCAGAGACUGCCCUCCCGGCUCCGUCGGGGACGGCGAGGGCCACUGCGUGUGCGGUGAUGCCAGUGCGAUGUAUGCGACGCUGACGGGCGGCUGUGUGGCAAAGGGGCCCGCCCAUGACACUCCAGGUGUUCGCGUGAUACACGCAGGGGGGAGCAACAUCGUUCCUCUGUCCGGCGACAACGCAGUUGUCGCGCUCCUCUCCGUGCAGCUGCCCCAAACGGCAGCCCUGUUGGACCCCAGCGCAUAUCUACGCGUGGACGUCGUGUGUAACGACAGCGGCCGUGGCGGUGGCGGGACGCGGUUUGUGGCAACGCCGUCAGGUGAUCGGAAGGCUUCGUGCGUCUCUGUCGUGGAUUAUGAGCGGUGGCAGGAGCGCACCGGCGUGGCGCACACCUUUGACAACGGCACUCAGCACUUCGUUACGUACGCUGAGAGCUUGACCAUCUCGGUGACGGGCACCGCCGCUUUCUACGGCGAGACGUGCAAUCUGACCGUUGCCGUGGGCAGCACGCUGCAUCGCGCCUCGCGGUCCGUGACGGCCGGUACGUGGACCUUUGUGCCGGGUGCGACGCCGCUGUAUCUGACAGCGCGCAAGUCUGCAAGCAGCUCAACGUCGUCAGAGGCUUCCAGCGCAGAUCUUCUCCCGCGGUGUGUGGACGCGCUUGCAGCGUUUUCUGGGCCUGCUGCGCCCAGCGCCGUGCACGCAGGUGUGUGCCGCACGCCUGAUGAGCAGCUGGGGGUGUUUGUGGCCCCUGGGAGCUACAGCCUCUUCGGAUUAUCCACGCAGCAGGUCGCCGGUGCUCGUGUGCGUCGCAGCGCUGGUGCCGCUCAGGACGCCGCCUUCACCUCGACGGUGCAGUCCCUGGCAGCGCGGACCAGUAUGGAGGUGAGUCUGGAGGCUAGCGGUGCCUUCGCUGCGGCCGUGUUGUGGUCUGGCACACUGCAGUCUCGCGUGACACCGCUGGCCCUGAACGCCUGGCGCUCCGGCUGGUACACAAACAUCAGCGUCGACAAGCUGCAACGUGUCCGCUCGCUGCGGGUGAGAUUCGUGGACAUGUCGGGAACCUUCGCGUUUUCUCCCGUGGAGGAGGUGAUUCCGCUCCACUACGAAGACGGCGAGGGCAGUGGCAGCAGUGACAGUUCGAGCGGCGGUAGUGGCGGCUCCGCCUCCAUCGCGGACGAGCAGUACGGCGCCGGGUACGUGGCCGCCAUCGUCAUGGCUUCGGUGGCUCUCACUGCGCUGCUGUUGCUUCUCGGUGCAUUGGUCUACUUGCUGCUAAUAACAGAUGCGUGGCCAACGAAGCUCUUGCUAUGA